AGGUCUCUAGCCACUGCACUCCUAAGAUGAUGUCGGCGAUUCCUAACUCCAAGGGCAAGAAGUUGGAGUUCACUUCGCAAGUAGGGAGUUUGAGAGUCAUUCCUUCGCAAAUCCCCUUUCCUCUUACCGUUACUCCCGCGCCCACCAUUACUCCAAACCCUUGCGUCGUGCUCACCGUCAUUUCCCAACUUAUGCACCAAGCUUUCUGAUAUGAAAUUAUGCGUGGCUCCACUAUCAAUCAACACCACCACAUCUUCUCCGUUGACGCUUCCUCUCAGAUUGAUCGUGUGUGGGGAUGAGAUUCCCACCACGGUGUUCACCGACAGCUCCACCACUUCGGUGUACUUUUCCCUUUCCUCUUCGUCUUUCUCAUCAUUCUCAUUCCUGAUGUCUGUUUCUGUUCCAUUAUCAUGGACCACUAAGACCAUCAACUACUUUCGCCCACAUAUAUGAGUUCCCGUCCACUUCUCGUCGCACUUAUAGCAUAACCCCUCGCUUCUCCACUUCGCGUCGGCGUGAGCUUCCGAAACGGGGGUUUCAGUCGCCCAUGAGCCGCCGGGGUUUGACUUUUGUUUUUGUGUCCUCUAAACGUCGUCGUUGGAGACUGCGAUGAAUGAGAUUGUGUUUUGGGUUUGUAGCUAUUGGGCCCGUGUCCGAGAUUCGGCCCACUUGUUCCCUUCUCCAAAUUGGGCAUUGGGUUUUUAGGGUUUCCUUCUGACGUAUUGGUAGCCGGCUUAAUCUCUGACGUCGACCAUUCCUCCACCGUCUUCCCAAACUCAUCAUUUUUUUCAGGGUUUUGGGCUCAAACAUCUUAACCCCAGCCCUGAUUUUUGGUUUCAAUCCUACCAUAAACGCUAGCUCUAACACCGCCUCUGACAGCUCCGGUGCGUUAUUGGCCAAUGCGACGAAAUCGCGAAUGUACUCCUUCACCGUGCCCACCUGUCUCAAGGUGAGCAACCUUUCUCCUGCGGUGGUGUCCUGUAUCUCCGAGAACUGCUCCAAGAUUCUUUGUUUCAUCUGUUCCCAACUGGUAAAAGGGUUCCUCCCCCCCGUCUCCCACCGGUACCACAUCAACCCCUCUCCGUCAAAACACAUCCGUACGACUUUGACCUUCUGCUCCUCCGUCAGCUCUCCGAGCUCGAAUUAUUGCUCGACUCGUAAGCCCCAGCUUUCGGCGUUCUCCCCAUCAAACACCGGUACCUCCAUUCGUCGUUGUAUUGACCGGUCCGUCGUUGCAAAAAAGAAGUUUGCGGGGUCGGGUGAGAUCGUUUUAGAACCGCGUGGCUCCGAUGUCUCUCCCCUUACCACUCUGUUUGCUUCAGGCUCCUUCGUCGUCGACGCUACACCGGUAGUACUCUUUUCUUCGUUACUCGUUAUCGCUUCUCCGCCUUUCUCCUUCUCGGCGGGGCUUUCCUCCAACUGUAACAUCUUUCCACGCGCCAUCGCCAUCAACCUUCGUUUCUCCUCUUCCUCUUCAAGGAAACGUUGUUGCAUCUGCUCGAGGAAGGAGAAAGUCUCCAACUUCUGCUGCAUCGCAACCAUGGCCAGCUCCAGGGAUUUCACUCUCUCCCCUUCCUGCCUUUGUUCGACCAACAUCGUUGUGAUCUUCCCCAUCUCUUGUUGCAUUUGCUCCAUCGUCGGAUCUACGUCGGUACGCUUUGGUGCCAUGGAUUCUCCAAGACCAACUGCUCUGAUACCACUUUGUUACAAGAUCGAUCUUAAGUUAAAAUAAGAACAAAUCUGUAACUGCAAGUCCAAACUUUGUAUUGAUUCAAAAGCGUUUUGUUACAAGAAUAAAGCAAGUUCUUCUCUCUCUUGCACUAUACUCCAAAUCAUACAUAACCCUCACAUACGUUUAUUCACUCCUACUUAUAGCUAGAAAGGACAUACAGUCACCAACAUGCCAUGUGCUAUUGCCCUUCACACAUGAGACAGAUCCUCCUCCUCUCCAAGCUUUAUUUCUUCACUUGCUUUCUUCUAGACUCUUCUGCUCCACAAUGAACCAACUCAUCAUGGGCCAACUGUUCUCUUCUAUUGCUUACUUCAAAUGGGCCUUGCCUUUCCUCCUAUACUGAUAGAUAACUGGUGGGUGUGUAGCAGCAUAGGUAUCAAAGAGUUGAACUCAAAACUUUUUAGAAAAAAAACUAUACAAAGCUCUUCUCGUUAGUGUUCUUCACAUUUAAUAUUAUGAUAAUACCUGGUAAUGGGCGCCAAUGCAAAUUCUGGUCUACACCUUGGUCUCCUUUCGGUUAAUUGAUCACCUUCCUGGGAAACACUGGUCCUCGUGCAAUCGGAAUCCCUCUAUCUACUUCCUUGGGAUCUCUUUGGAAUGGGGAAUCCUGGACUCUGCCUCCAGCCUGUUCAAACAGAAUGAAGCUGAUAAUGGCCUUCCUAAUAACCAUUUCCCUGACUCAUACUCCAGAUGCUGCUAUCUGGAACACUACCGAUUUUGACCCUGUUCAAAAUCAGAAAUUCUCAGCUAGGAAAGUCUACAAUCUCAUCAGAGAAUCCAAACCUAUAGUGCCUUGGAAAAACACAGCCUGGCUGAAAAAAAGUAUUCCCAAAUUUAAAACACUCUCUUGGCUGUUUGUGCUAGAUCGGUGUCCAACUAGAAACAUAUUGAUUAGCUGGGGCCUCCAAACAGAUGAAACCUGUCUCUUAUGCAAUCAAGAGCCAGAAUCUCGUGAUCAUCUCUACUUCUGCUGUGACUACUCUUUCUCAGUUUGGGGUACAAUAGCAAGGAAUCUCAAUCUCGUUUUGUAAUCAAACUCUUGGAACGCUACUCUUGAGUCCUUAUCCAAUCUGUCAGGUGAUAGGCAUCUUCACCGGCAAGUCUACCGUUCCUUCUGCUAUUAUUUCCUCUAUAUCCACUAUCAUCAAGAACAGAAUUUUAUCAUUGCGUGAAGACAACGGGGGUUUCUCCAGCACCGCCAUGCAACUGUGGUUGUCUUCAAGCUGAGAAUAUCGCCUGCGACCAUUGACGUACGAGUUCCUCUCGAGCGUUUUUUCUUAAUUCUUCUAUUAGGAUGGGCUUCUAGACCAACUAAUUUCUACCAUUUCCUCUUCAACUUGCGUGGACCUCCACCCCAUUUUGGACAGUUAAGCUCAAUCUGGCCUGCUUUCUUGUGGGUCCACAUGGAACAAUUACGAUUCUACACUAAGAUGAUUCUUAUCAUGGGGUUUAUUUUGGAUUAAUUGGGAACGUGUUUGCACUAGAGUCUUUGAAGAAAAACUCUUGCCACCUUUUUAAUAUAUUGCACCAAAUUAUAGCAAAAAAAAAAAAAAAAUUUCCCCAAUGGUUAUUUUUUUGAAAAACAAAAGAAUACAGUUAAUGACGGUGCAUAGGAUAUUUCCAAAUAAAGGUGGAGAAACGGACUUUCGUUUUGAAACGAAAAGAAAAACAAAAACUCAGACGUUACAGCAAACAAACUAAAUAAGAAAAGAUUAUAAGAAAUUUAAAUUUCCUUUUAAUAUAAACUUCGAUUAUGAGUGACUGAGGCGAAAUCCAAAUCUGGUAAAUAGGAAAAAAAGUGAAACUCAAAACAUUCCUUGUGCAUGCACCGGUACAUUAAAAGGACAGAUAAAUAUGAUCCGCCAUUGAAGGAUGUUAAAAAUACAUAGCAUGAAAUAUCUGAAUAUGAAGCAUUGGUCAUGCUCGGAUAUAUAUAUGAAUACGCAAGUAGAUUAGACAUAUACAUAUAUCAAAUUCAUUCAUGCAUGCAUAUAUAUAAGCAUCUUCCUCAUACCUAUAAAAAAAUCUAAUAUUUUUAAGACCAAAAUCUCUAUUAUAUCAAGAAGACAUAACAAUCUCUACUUCUUUCUUGUAAAGAGAGAAAAAUGUCAAAAGACAUGCGUGCACGUACAUAUAUAAAUAGGCAUUUCUUAUUUGAUUAUUACCAGAGUUGGAGUUGGGUAGUUGAUAGUGAGAUAGAGGAACUCCACGUUCCAUUGAUUCUCUGCCAAGUUUUUUUUGGGGUUCUUUAGUAAAAAUAUUUGACUGAUUUGUUGAAUGCAGAGAGAAGGUUGAUGGCUUAAUGGUUUUAUAGAGAGAUGAUACAAAUGGCGAAGGAGGCGGUUCUUACGAGGUCUCUAUAUCUCUCUAUCGCCCAUUGGCUGAUUUUAUUGACUAGGGGCCAGUCAAACUAACCCCACUGCUCUUCUCUCAUUGGUUUUUAAUUUCACUUAUCACCAAAGUUAAUUUAGGAAAAUACUUAUCACCGGAGUGUUUGGAAAGCAGUACAACAAGAAGAUUUAAGGAAAAAAAAAACUUUGUUUAGAAAUAAAUUUAAGAGAAAAUUACUCAAUCUAACUCUCAUUUUCAGUUAAUUACUAAUCUAACUCUCGUCUAUCGACAUACGUUAACUAAAGGGGUAAAAGACGGAUUAACCCUCUAUAUUGUUAUUUAUUUCUAUUUUUACAUUAAUAGAAUAAGAAAAUUAAAAAUAAAAUACACAUUAAUAAAAUAACAACACACGAUAGGUUUGAGUAAAAAAAUUAGGGUUUAUGGUUCCAUUGUCGACGAACGUAGACUGCCUCUGAGGGCUUUCGAUUUCUCCGUUCCUCCGACUUGCCUCGUGUUCACCGGCGUGAAGAGCGUCGUUUUGUACAGGGAGAAACACCUUACUCGGAGGAGUCUAGGUUCCGGAGGCUCUUGUCUUCUCCGCUAGUGGAGCUUGUCCGCCGGUUAGAUUCACAGUCGUAAGUCUCUGUCCAAUAUUUAUUUCUGGUUUCAGUCUUCCUCUCAGAUUUGAAUGAAUUUCAAAACAAUUAAUUUUGUUCACAGUCACGGUGGUUUUAGGUUCCGACAAAAUUUGAAUCAGUUCUAGUUGCUACUGACCACGUUAAACAUCAACUCAAGGUCAGUAUAUGGUUUCAAUCUUUGUCCUCAAUGUGAAGUCAUAAAACAGUAUUGAUUUAGAUUUUUCAUUGUUUGUUUGUCAAUUUAACAUCUAUCAGUUCAUUUUAGUCAGUGUAACCAACUCUUACAUGUUAUAUAGUGAAUAUUUAUUUGUUAUUUAUAUGCAUUUCUCUGUAGUUAUUUCAUGCUAAUGUUACUUUGAACUUUCCAUUGCUAGAUAUGGCCUCAGCUAGCACUACGACUAAUUAUCCACAACGACUAUACAAAAAGGGGAAAACACCUAACCAACAAAAGAGUAUGAGUUACUAUAGUUAUUUGUCAAAUUUUCAAAUGGUGGAAGUAGGAGUAGGAAACGACGCAUGGGAUGCACUGAAGAAGUCAUCAGUUGGAGAUUUUCCUAGACUUUACGAGCUUGAUUUCAUAUGGUCUGCAAAGGUUGUUCAUUACCUCUUAACGCAUCAGCUGGUAGUUAGAAAGAACUAUGAGAUAUGGUCGUUAAUUGAUUGGCAGCCGAUUCGUCUCUCUUUGUUAGAGUUUGGUGAGAUAACUGGUUUGAAUUGUGAUAUGUUUGAUGAUGGCGACCUUUGCAAAGUUGACCAUAAAGAAUUUUGGGCAGAAUUGAAUGUGUGUACAAACUGUUGGUCCUAGUCUGAAUGAGUUGCAGUUGGUAUUGGGAAGAUGCAAGAACUGGAGUCUUGAGAAAAGGAUUAUGGUAGGACGGUUGUGUAUUUUGCAUAUCGCAAUAUUUGGCAUAGCUCCUACACGUCGGAUCCCGUUGGAGUGUGCAAAGCGAGUACUUGAUUUUGAAGCUUUCGAGAGAUAUCCAUGGGGUCGAGUUGCAUGUAAGAGUUUGAUACACUCCAUUAAGUGUGUCAGUUAUGACGCAAAGAAAUCAUAUACAAUGGAAGGAUUUGUGUAUGUGCUACUCAUAUGGGGAUAUGAGGCUGUUACUGGCCUAGGAGAGCAGUACGGAAACAAAAUUGUUGGGGCAGAAGUUCCUCUCCUUUCAUGGGCUGGAUCAAGAAAACGGUUCGUGUCUGACGACUUCAUUAGACAAGAAAAAAUCAAACACGAAGAUAAGGUACCAAAUUUGUAAUGUUUUAUUUCUUGUUUUUGGUGAUUUCUUUACUCUUGUUUUUUUUUACUUUUAUGUUUGUUUUGACUCUUAAAUUGAACGAAUCUCACAUUCAUUUUUUAUUUCCAGGUUCGUGUACGGCAUUUCUUUUCACACGUUGACGAGAAUUUAGUCCCUAAAUGGGAUGGUGAGCUUGAAGAUGAAAAUGUGAACCACUUGAUCCGUGAUAUACUUGAUGACUGUGUCAAUCGUAAAGCAUGGGAUUUAGUUGAAACUUCUGUUACGAAGAGGACUAAGCGUAAAGAAUCUAUCCCCAUGAAUGUUUCAGAGGAUUCAGCAAACAAGGAUAAGAAGGCUAAACCUAUGGAAGAUGGUCGGUAUAAUGUGAGUACAAUAUUAUAUUUUGGUAUUAAAUACUAGUUGGUAUGAUAAGAUUUUCUAAAUUCUUCAAUGGUUUUAAUGUAGGCUGACGGUAAUGAUACGCCAAGCACUGCGAUGUUGACCAUGUUGAAGACUCUGACCGAAAAAGUAGACAACAUGAACACCAAUAUGGCUACUAAAUUAAUGGCUGGUUUGGAUGCAGCAAUUGGUACGAAGGUUGAUGUCAUAAUUGGUCCCUUAAUUGAGAAAGUCGCCAUCUUGGAGAUGGAAAUGCGAAAGAUGAAAGGAAAAAUGGUACCUGAAGAAACAAAAGAAGCUGCCAACUCCAAUGUGAAUAUCAAUGAGGAAGUGACAAGUGAUGCUAUGGUAAGUUACUUUUAACUUAGUCUUAUAUUUUUAAUUUUGCCUAUUAAGAUCAUAUCUAGUUUUCUAGUUUGUCUGAAAAUUGUGAGGAGAGUGUAAAAGUCAUAGCAAUAUUUUGUCGUAUCUAAUUUACAUUACGUGCUAGUAUUCGUGAUUCUAUUAAGUUAUUGAUUAAUAUUUUUUUUGUGAAGUCUUGGAUGGUGGAGAUUAAAUCCACGUCUCAGGAUGGUAUACCAGCUCGACAUGUUGUUAAGAAAGUGACGAAGACAUGCAAAAAAGGUGGAGAUAUGGGACUUGAUAAGAAUAAUUUGUUUGAGAAUAAGGUUUUCAAAACCAAGAUACAAGUCCCACAUCUACUCGAUACUGCCUCUGAGGAAACAUGGUCUGAUACAAAGCAGCGUGAAAAAAUUAGAAAAGUUAGUGAUGGCUUAGAUGCAAUUGCAGCAGCAGCUAGAAAGUUUAAUAAGCCUACAUCUUCCACGCCUCAGCCGAAGCGCCAAACAAAGUUAGCAUCGUCUCAGUUAUUUCCAUUCAUAGGAAAUUCUACCGUCAAGCGCAUCAUCACAGGUGUAAUACCAUCUGUCUCAGCAUAUGAUCCGUUUGCUGUUGUUGAAGACACUAAAAUUCGGAACUUACUACAUUUUCUACUGGAUGAUGAGUAUGCUUCUUUUUCUUUUCUCCUGUUGAACAAUGUUUCAUUACUAUUUGUUUUAAGCUAUAUAAUUUUGUUUUAGGGAGGAACCGGACAGAACCUCUGAAUGUAGUGUCGAAUUUUAUAAAGUGCUUAUAACUCCAAGAGAAGAGUGGCGUACACCUACAUAUGGUUGGCUGACUAACUGGGUAAGCAUUAUUUCUUUACAUAUGGCUGACUAACUUCAAGCUUUGUUCUUGUUAUCUUUUAGAAAAUACUGAAAGCAUAUAGUUAUUAGUCUUUUUAUUGUUCUUGCUCUAAUAUAUGAUUUUGUUUUUAAUUAUUCUGUUCAGCAUAUGUGGUCUGCAAUGCAUAUGUUCCAUAAGAGAUCUCUUUGUGAUCCUUCACCGUACCAUUCUCAGCGCAUUGUGUUUUUGGAUCAGUGUGUCGUCAUCAAACUUGUCAGUGAUUUCAAAGAGUUCAACCCUAAAACGUGGAGUGCAACGGAUAUAUAUAAGGGUAUUUUCAAUGGCACAUAUCCAGCUGACCGCAUCACAAACAAGAAGUGGCUUCAAGAUGUUGAUCAUCUGUAUGCAUGUCAUUUCAUAAAUGGUAAUCACUGGGUUGCUUUAGAUAUUGACUUGGGGAAGGAAACCAUUCACGUGUAUGACAGCAUUCUUAGCAUAGUAGAGGACAAUAAAGAAAUUCGAAAUGUUUGUCGGCCUUUUGCGAAGAUGAUUCCGACGAUUCUGAAUGCUAUGGUUCCUACUACUCUUCGGAAGAAAAGUGAUAAACAAUUCGCUGUACGAAGACUGAGAACCGUUCCACAAAAUGAAAAACCCGGAGACUGUGGUGUUUAUACCAUAAAGUACAUUGAGUGCUUGGCAAUCGGUUGCACAUUUGAAGGGUUAAGUGAUAAAAACAUUCUAGAUAUUCGAAAGAAUCUAGCUGCUGAGAUUUAUGACGAGGUUGGACAGCCGCAAAUAGCUCAUUUAUUUCCUCAUUCACCAAUGUAGUAUAUUAGUAUAUUUGUGUUAGUUUAGUUUCUCAGUUUUAUUAAGGUUAGUAGAGAUUUUUUUAGUGAAUCCCACUUUGACUCUUUGUUAAAUUAAAUUUUUUUAGCACUGAUAUUUUUGUUUUGUUUGGCACUGUACGUAUAAAAUAUGUUUCAGCUAUGAUUUACGUAUUUGGCACUGUUACAGAGUACUGAAACUGAAUAUUGUAAGUUUGAUAACUUUAAAUCUGUCGAAUGUCUUCCUCUGAAACUAAAGAAACAAAAGUUCAAAAUUUUAAAACACUUGCAUAAAUCAACUAAUCACUAGCUACUUUAACCUUACACGUCUUACAAUUAUGACCAUAUUGAUGACAACGUGAACAUGCAUGUUCUUUUCUUGGCCUUUUUUUCCCAAUAGCUUUCUCCAAUGCAGAUUUGAUUCUCGACUUUUUAGGUCUUCCCGGCUGCGUACUUGCUACCGGAGGCAAACAUAUC